AUGCCAUUUUCUACGAAAAGAUCCUAUUCUGAUUUUGUUACAGGUUACUCAUUUCAAAAUGAAUUAGGACACACGUCAGACAUUGUUAAUAACAAUAUCCCACGUAAUUCAUCAUUUAGAAGUUCGAAAUCUCCGAGAUUUGAUGAUCAUCAUUUUGAAAAUUUGAAUAAGGACAAUAAUAAGCACAAUACUUUAUUAGAUUCUUAUUUUGAUAUAAAAUAUAGACCAUCAAGUCUAUUGAGUUUGACUUCUAAAGAAAUUCAAAUCAAUGAUUCUGCUAUAGAAACUGCUGCAUCCAGUCAAGAUGAUGACAAUAAUACAUUCAACAUGGAAUCAAAUUAUAGAGUCAAUUCUUCUAACAGAAGAAGUAUCAGUAGACCUGGUUCAAUCUGUUCAUCCAAGAAGAAUUCGAUACCUAAACAAGAUUUGAUUGCCAGAGAACGUUGUUUUGAUUAUAUCAUUCAAGCUAUCGAUGAAGCCUGGGCAAUGUACUGUAACACAACUUCUUCUGCUGAAGCUGAAGUUUAUGGAAACUUGAACAACAAAAUGAAUAAAUUUUCUAAUCGUCAAUCCAGAGAAAGAACGUCGGAUGAAGAAACCACUGAAUAUUCUGACAGUGAUGCAGACGAUUUCAGUUACAAUUACAAUUGUAAUGGUAAUAUUAGUGAUGACGAAGCUACUGAAAGCAUCGAUGGCUUUGGUUAUAAAUCGGAAGCUACCAACGUUGCUGACGAUGAUACUGAUUCAAGCGAUUGUAGAACAACAGUCUCAGAAUUACCAGACUGUGUGAAAUUCCAAUCUUUGAAAUGUAGAUUGACCAAAGCAAAAAAUGAUUUAGAAGAUUAUUACGAUUCUAAAGAUUAUGAAGAUUGUAUAACUUUCUGGAAUAGAUGGGAUAUGAUCAAGUACAGUGCUGUUGAAAUUAUGGAAGACGAUGACGAUGAUGAAAUCGUGGAAAAUGCAUUGGAAGAACUUGAAGAAGGGAGAUGUUACCUUGAUUGA